AGACUAGAACUUAUCGCCCCUAAUAUAAAUACAUAUUGUGCUUCGUUCCUCCUUGCCUGCUUAAGAUAGAAUCAUCAAAAUCUCUCGAAGCGCUCUCUUGAAGUUUUCUACAGCAAUCUCUUCGAUGGCGGAAGUUCAGAUGGCUGACGCAGAGACCUUCGCCUUCCAGGCUGAAAUCAACCAGCUUCUCAGCUUGAUCAUCAACACUUUCUACAGCAACAAGGAGAUCUUCCUCCGUGAGCUCAUCAGUAACUCUUCUGAUGCUCUUGACAAGAUCCGAUUUGAGAGCUUGACGGAUAAGAGCAAGCUGGAUGGGCAGCCUGAGCUCUUCAUUAGGUUGGUCCCAGACAAGGCCAACAAGACGCUCUCUAUCAUCGACAGUGGCAUUGGCAUGACCAAAGCAGAUCUGGUGAACAACUUGGGGACCAUUGCGAGAUCUGGUACCAAGGAGUUUAUGGAAGCACUCCAAGCUGGUGCUGAUGUUAGCAUGAUUGGUCAGUUUGGUGUUGGUUUCUACUCUGCUUAUCUUGUUGCUGAGAAGGUUAUCGUCACCACCAAGCACAAUGAUGAUGAGCAGUAUGUAUGGGAGUCUCAAGCUGGUGGUUCCUUCACUGUUACACGGGAUGUGGAUGGUGAACCACUUGGUAGAGGAACUAAGAUCACUCUCUUCCUUAAAGAGGAUCAGCUUGAAUAUCUGGAGGAGAGGAGACUCAAGGACUUGGUGAAGAAGCACUCUGAGUUCAUCAGUUACCCGAUUUACCUCUGGACUGAGAAAACAACUGAGAAGGAGAUUAGUGAUGAUGAGGAUGAGGACGAAGCAAAGAAAGAAACUGAAGGCGAGGUUGAAGAAGUUGAUGAGGAGAAGGAGAAGGACGGUAAAAAGAAGAAGAAGAUCAAGGAAGUGUCUCACGAGUGGGAACUCAUCAACAAGCAGAAACCAAUCUGGUUGAGGAAGCCAGAAGAGAUUAGCAAGGACGAGUAUGCCUCGUUCUACAAGAGCCUGACCAACGACUGGGAGGAUCAUCUUGCCGUGAAGCACUUCUCAGUGGAGGGGCAGCUUGAAUUCAAGGCGAUUCUCUUUGUUCCAAAGAGAGCUCCGUUCGAUCUCUUUGACACCAGAAAGAAGCUGAACAACAUCAAGUUGUAUGUCAGGAGGGUGUUCAUUAUGGACAACUGUGAAGAGUUAAUACCAGAGUACCUCAGUUUCGUGAAAGGUGUUGUUGACUCUGAUGACUUACCACUCAACAUCUCCCGUGAGACUCUCCAGCAGAACAAGAUCCUUAAGGUGAUCAGGAAGAACCUGGUGAAGAAGUGCCUGGAGAUGUUCAACGAGAUUGCCGAGAACAAAGAGGACUACAACAAAUUCUACGAGGCGUUCUCCAAGAAUCUGAAAUUGGGUAUCCACGAGGACAGUCAGAACAGGUCAAAGAUUGCUGAUCUUCUUCGCUACCACUCCACAAAGAGCGGUGAUGAGAUGACGAGCUUGAAAGACUACGUCACAAGGAUGAAGGAAGGUCAAAAGGACAUCUUCUACAUCACUGGUGAAAGCAAGAAGGCCGUAGAGAAUUCUCCAUUUUUGGAGAAGCUGAAGAAGAGAGGGUACGAAGUGCUUUACAUGGUUGAUGCGAUCGAUGAGUACGCUGUUGGACAGUUGAAGGAGUACGAUGGAAAGAAACUCGUGUCUGCAACAAAGGAAGGGUUAAAACUUGAAGAUGAGACGGAAGAAGAGAAGAAAAAGAAGGAAGAGAAGAAGAAGUCAUUCGAGAACCUCUGCAAGACGAUUAAGGACAUUCUCGGUGACAAGGUUGAGAAGGUUGUGGUCUCAGACAGAAUCGUUGAUUCUCCGUGCUGUCUUGUGACUGGUGAGUAUGGAUGGACUGCGAACAUGGAGAGGAUUAUGAAGGCUCAGGCUCUGAGGGAUAGCAGCAUGAGCGGCUACAUGUCGAGCAAGAAGACCAUGGAGAUCAACCCGGAUAAUGGAAUAAUGGAGGAGUUGAGGAAGAGAGCUGAGGUGGACAAGAACGACAAGUCUGUCAAAGAUCUGGUGAUGUUGCUGUUCGAGACAGCUCUGUUGACAUCUGGAUUCAGUCUCGAUGAGCCGAACACGUUUGCAGCUAGGAUUCACAGGAUGUUGAAGCUGGGUCUGAGUAUCGAUGAGGACGAGAAUGUUGAGGAAGAUGGUGACAUGCCUGCGCUGGAGGAGGAUGCUGCUGAAGAGAGCAAAAUGGAGGAAGUCGACUAAGAGAACCAAAUCUCGCCUUAUGUUUGGUCGUUUUGAGUAUUAAGAGUUCUAGUGUCUUUUGUCUUGGUGUCUUCCCAUGGUCGUCUGAACUUUUGUUGGUUUGUAAGCGUCUUUCUUUUUUUUCGUGUCUGGUGCGUCUGUUUGUAUUAUUGUCCUUUUCAAGUGAAUAGUCGGCUAAGAGCUAAGUGAGUUUGUUUGUUCA